AUGAAAUUGAUCAACAGUUCACAUUCACAAGAUGAUCUUCCGCCACCGCCAUUGGUUCUCCACCGCCUCCGCCCUAGGACUCUAUCUCCUCUAUCAGGCACUUCUCGCUUUGCAUUAUCCGCGACUGUAAUAUCCGCUGCCGCAAUUCUUGCUGCAUCAUCCGUUAUCAUAUUUGAUGACAGCGAAAUUAAGGAAGAACAAGCGAAGAAGAAACGUUUGCUUGAUGAUUUCGAACACGCGAUUGACCGGUCGAAGGAGUCGUUUAAGAGAGUUGUGAAUACGAUGAAGCAUACCGGCGUUGCGGCGUCGGUUCUAUGGAAAUCUCUUCGUUCGGUUUUGUCUUCGGCUAACCAUGAAGUUUGGUCAGGGUUUGAGGUUAGGGUUGCGGCGUUAUUGGCGGAUAUUGUGGCGGCAAAUGAGAGCCGGAGGGCUGCGAUUGUUGGUGCUGGCGGUGGUGUGGUGUUGGAUUGGUUAUUAGAGUCGGUGGCAUUGUCCGGAGGGGGAAAUUAUGGGACUCAGGCCGAGUCGGCUAGGGCUUUAGCGUACUUGAUUGCUGACCCUAAUGUGUCGGAGGCGGUUCUUGGGAGGCCUCAUGCCAUUCCCAAUCUUCUCAGGUUCAUAUUCUUUGCUCAACCUCAUCAAUCCAAAAAGCACCCAAGGCGAAGUUCAUUUAACAUUUCUGACCCUUCAAAAGGCAGAAGCAUGCUUGUUGCAGCAAUCAUGGAUAUUGUCACUUCCAAUUGUGACAAUGUGGACAAAAUCAAACUUAAGCCCAUGCUAUCAGGAACUGCAGCAAUGAGAGAUAUUGCAGCUGCACUUGAAGUUAUUGAAGAAGGUGGCAUGCACAUGGAUGAGCCACCUGGCAGCAGCCAGGAUGAUGAUGAUGGAACUGGAUUAAAGGGCAUUGGAAUGGAAGUUCUUGGAGGCACUUCAAUUGUAGGUCUUUCUACAAGCAAUCGAUCAAUGGAGUUAGAUGAAUCUAAAGCCACUCACAACUCAUCAUCUUUCAACAAAUUAAACAACACUUCUUCUGUAAACACAACUGUUAUCCCUGGACUAUGGGAUGAUUUGCAUUCACAACAUGUUGCUGUUCCUUUUGCUGCAUGGGCUUUAGCAAAUUGGGCAAUGGCAUCAGAUGUAAAUAGAUCCCAUAUGCAAGAACUCGACUUCAAUGGACAUGCUGUCAUGUCUGCAUUGAUUGCUCCUGAAAGAUCCGUGAAAUUUCACGGGAGUUUAGUAGCUCAGUUGUUGUUAAAAGACGAAAAUCUCCCCAUGAAUGAUUUUGUUUCUGAUUGGAGUUCUACCCUUCUUACAACCGUUUCUCAAGCAAGCAAAGCCGAUGAUAUCUCUUUAACUCGUGUGGCUUUAUCUGCAUUUUUACUAUCUCUCGAGAGGUGCCCUGGUGCUCAAAGGGUAGUUAUGGAAAAAGGUCUUCAUUUAAUGAGGGAGACUGCUAAAAGGACUAUGAAUCAUAAGUCUGUUCAAGAAUCAUUAGCAAAAGGGUUGUAUCAUUGUUACUUUUUUUUUUCUUUUUUGUUUAUGGUAAUUUACGGAAAUACCCUUCUCUUGCAGACACAAAUCGAUCAGGCAAAUGUACUUUCUGGUACCCAAAGUGUGAACCAAUUAGCUAGUGCUGUGGUCAACUUAGUAGUCAAUGGUGAUUCAUUUGCUUUGGAAGAUUUUCUUACCCUUGAACCAUUUAUUAACACAUACAAAAAUCUAAAGAAAGGAAAUAUCCCUAAAGUGAAUGCUUUAGAUUCUGCACUUGCAACUUUAAAGGGUAUCAAAGCAAUGACAGAAAUCUGCAGUGAUGAUUUAUUUUCUCAAAAGAAAAUAAUUGAUUAUGGCAUAAUUCCUCUGUUACGCCGCUUUUUAUUAAGUGAUGAUUAUGAGAAGUUAUCAGCAAUUGAAACGAGUCUUACACAAUGGUCUGGAUCAAGCUUGCCUCUUCAGGAAGUUAGCUCGAUGCUGUUGGAAAAGCUUAUUGCAGCACGUAUUGGAGAUCGACCUGUUGUAUUUGUAACUCAUAGCAUGGGGGGAUUGGUUGUGAAACAGAUGCUACAUCAAGCAAGUGCAGAAAACAGAGGCAAUCUUGUCAAAAACAGUGUUGGUGUGGUAUGUUUGAUUUAAUAACUUAUCACUACUUCCAAUUAAUAUUUAUUAUUAUUUAUUAUUAUUUAAAGUUACAGGACAUGAGUAUCGGCACAUCAUGGAACAAUUAGGUUAGUUGUUGUUUUUCCUCUUGGUGAUCCAUCAAUGAAGUG